AUUGUCUCAAACCCCGGAGUUCAAAAUAGCAUAAUCAGCAAGAGCCCGGGCGCUCGCUCAUGAAAAGUGCGUGCGGUGAGCAUCGAUACCACCAUCACCUGUGUGCAUAGUGCCAAGAAUCUAACGACGAGGACGACGACGACGAGAACGACAAAAAAGGAAGACAAUCACCAUCCAAUCUAUCAGGACUCGUUGGAUACACGCUCAUCGAUCGUCAGUCAGUUCAGUGGCCCGGCUGUGAAUCCGGGGUGGGGCCGGGUGCUCUCAUCCCCAUUCGGGCGGGUGCGAACCUAUCGAAGACGACGACGUUCGACAGAGUUCGUUGAUGGUGUGAUAGCCUUGUGUGAAAGUGUACAGAGAAACAGUGUGGCAGCCGCCUCCAAGCUCCAAGUUGGGACACACAACGACGACGGAAGGAUAAUCGUUUAAGUGGAUUUAUUAUGAUUUAAAUAGAGGAUUAUCAAAGUGAAACGCUAUUAAAGAUGUACAUGAAAGGAAUACACUGCUGGUUGGUGGCGGCGCUGGCGUUGAAGCUGGCCGGACUGUGCUAUAGCUGUAAGAUAUCGGAGUAUCCGUGUAAGGGUGGUGCUUUUUGUGUGCCACUGGACAAGUUCUGCGACGGAAAGGAUGACUGCGGAGAUGGAAGCGAUGAACCGAAGAUGUGCACAGUUUGCAAUCGAACGUACUACGGCGAUAUAGGGCGAACGUAUUCAUUAACGGUGCCGCCACCUCAGUGGAACCGGUUGCCAUUCCUGUGCCAUCUGACGUUCACGGCGUCCGGAAACGAGCAGGGCGAUAUUGUGCAGAUAAUCUUCGACAAGUUCACCGUUGGCCGUUUCGACGAGGGUCUCAUCGACCCGGACGCGGACUCGAGUGAUGCCGGUUUGACCAGUGGAGGCGACCUUCCCGGCUGUCCGGAAGGCUUCAUGCAGCUCAGCGAACUGGGUCGUCCAUUUACCGGUGGCUCCUGGUGUGGCAAGGCGUCCGGUCAUCAGCUGUACUUUAGCGAAACGGCAACGGUGACAGCAUCUGUCAAGGUAUUCCAGGCACCGGGACUUCAGGCCGUGACGCCGUUCGAGUUUCGCAUCCGGUACAAAUUCAUAAGUCAAUCAGACGCCAUUGUCAGAUAUGGAGCCCCGAAUGAGCUGCUGGAGCUGGGGAAGGUUACCCCGGGGACGUACUGUACCCGGCAGUAUGACGAGUGCUACCGGAAGCGCUGCCGGUUGCAAAGCCCAAACUAUCCGGGAAUGUAUCCAAGAAAUGUGACCUGCUACUGGACGAUUAAGCAGAAGGUGGUGCCUACGUGUAAGCACGCAAUGGUGUCUAUUAGUCAGGAGAACGAGCACAAGGCGUUGGUCAAAAGAUCCAUCGCCAGUCUGAACAAAACAUCCCGGGCCGUCCGGGCGUGGUCCGACUGCACCGGCGAGCGAGACCACCUGAUAUUCUACGACGGCAGCACGACCAACGAUCCGGUCCUGGCCAAGUACUGCGGAGGUGAUUGGCUACCGAAGGUCGUAUCCAGGGGACCGGAGAUGCUGAUUGCGUUCCAUUCGAGUCCAUUUUCUGCGCCACUGCAGUCCGGUCAGUCUAAUCGGGGGUUCGAGUUGGACGUGGACAUCCUGUUCGCCGACUCGGACUCGUACGACUUUGCGCAGGGUAGCCGGUGCGAGUUCCACAUCAAUGCGUCUAGUCCAGACGAAGUUCUCUUCUCGCGACGCGGUCGGAUGGGUCACCUCUUGAGCCCACGUCACACACUGCCACCCAACACGACGUGCACCUACUACUUCCACGGCGUCCCAACGGAUUUGGUGUGGAUUUCGUUCACCAACUACCAUCUGCAGAUACUGCAACCGAGUGGCAGCAGCGACAACGUGACGAUCGGAAAGAGUGAAUCGCCUCUUCCGUGGAUCACACGGCUACGCAUCUGGGAUAGUGCUGGUACCUACGUUCCAAUCAAAACCACCUCUCCGGCAACGAUUACGACGUCUUCGUCCACCUCGACGCAGACGGCAUCGUCAGCCUCCCUAGCGUACGGCAGCAGCGGAGGAACAACUCCGGUAUUCGCUGGGACCAGUACCACCGCUCUGUACCAGCAGAUGAUGAAUCGAUCCGUCGGUACCUACUACGGAACCCUUAAUCAGCACGGGAAAAGCCUGACCAUCAACAUCGACAACGUUUGGAACCCCGUCGAUCAGUACAUCUACGGGCCGACGGUGAACAGUAUCUUCAACCAGCCGCAAGUUCCGCAGCAUCCUUCGCAGCAGCACCACUCGGGAGGCAGCGGUGGAAUCGGUGGCUUUGGGAUGUCCAACGAGAAGGGUCUGGUGUACGGGGGUGCUCAGCACGACAAACCAGCCAAAGGCAAGGGGUCGAAGGACGGAGUACGGCAUGGCAAGGACAAUGAGGUGUUCAAGGAGCACGGUAGUUCGGGACGAAAGUCUUCCCGAAGCAACCGGCGGAUGGUGGCCGAGUUCUACGAUAACCAGUCGCCGAAGCUGUGCGAUCACGUGUCGCUGGAGAGCAAGGGAAAUCGGAUGCGACCGUGCACGCCACUGGAGAGCUACGUCAGCACGGGAAGUGAUCUGAAAAUCGAGUUUCACACCAUGACGGGGACUUCGCUGUUUCCGUCGAGCUUUGGGAUCAACUACGAGUUUAUCGACACGGAACUCGGAGGUGAACCGUACCUGGGCCACAAGGGCGAAGAAGUUCCUGUGCUGUGUUCAAGAGUGUUCCGCAAGAGGAAAGGCGAGUUUCAAUCGCCGCGUAAUGUAUUCCUUCACGGGCGAGGUGGAGCCAAGAAUAUUUCUUGCUUGUAUCGGUUUGAAGCCUCAGUUGGUGAAAGGGUUCGCAUUGAGCUUUACAAUGUCUCGUUUGGAGAGUCCGAGUCCUGCAUAACUGAGUCCGACGGUCACACGGGACGGGCACGUUGUGCCCCGUCGGAAACCAACUUGGAUGGUAGAGUUGGGGAACUUCGGAUAUUCGACGUCCCGUACAAAGAUGUUAAGAUACCACUGGGGUGUUUCUGUGACAACACCAGCAGCUCGUACAAUUCUCCGUUGACGUUCAUCUCCAACUCUCGCACACUGGAAUUGACUUUCGUGGUGACAAAGUUGAACAUCUCCGAAGACUUUGCCGACGUAUAUUUCCAUGCUUCUUAUGAUUUUAUACGAGUUCCCGAGUGCCGGAAGCGACUGUUCUUGCGGGGAUCCGGUGGCGAGGAUGAAGUGACCUACCCGCUGCGAUCGCACGAAGCUAGUUGUGACGGGUUACCGUGGUAUGUAGAGGCUCAACAGCAGGACCGCAGCUUAUUUGUGCGGACGUGGGGAAGUUUACUGGCAGUGGAACCGGUUCAGGAUGAGUUCUCCAAGUGCAAUACGCGCAAUCGGCUCAUGGUCUACAGUGGGAAGCCGCUGAAGCUCAUGCAGGUUAUCUGUCCAUCAGCUCCGUCCAGUAGAGCAACUCCGCUGCACAUCUUUUCCGAGGAUUGGCUAAGUAGCCAGCCGUUCCUAAGUUCCGACAGCUGGCCUGUCAGCAUGGUUCUGGAGCCCAUCCACAAGGAAAGUGGAAGCAUUGCGUUCUCUUGGAUGGAGAUCCAGCAUACGAAGGCAUCGCUGAUUCAACAGCUGGAACAACAGACCAACACCACAGGGAACGACACUCUGAUGGAGUUCGGUCUGUUCCCAAGAGAAUCCGAGUGCGAGCAUCAGUGUCCGGAGCUCAAUGCCUGCAUUGGCAGUGAUCUCUGGUGUGACGGACAUCCCAACUGCCCGUCCGGGUUCGACGAGAGCGAGCAGGAGUGCGGCAGCCGGCUGAUGGAGCUCCCGGGAGGCAUCUUUGCAGCCUUCGGAUGCCUUGCCGCGGCCCUGUGCGCCUGUCUGAUCUUCUGCGUACUGGCCAUGGUCAGGAAGCGCCGGAAAUCCAACGAAAAGCUGAAGACGGCACCCAGCUCCCUGAACGGCACCCUCUCCAAGAAGGACUACAAGAAGGAACCGCUGUUCUUCGAUCCGGACUCCUGACACGCACUGCACCCGGUCGAAUACAUCCACGUCGAUCGGGAAACGACCGUGUGACAUGUUGUCUACGUCGACAUGGACGACCUGGCGUACUGCUGAACGCCCACCAUCUCCCCCAUUCCCUCUCUUCACACCCCCUCGCCACAACACCACCGCCACAGGUGGGUCCUAAUGCGAAAGUGAUUUCUCUAGGCUAAACCAAUGAAAUAGACUUACACGGACACUCUCACAUACACACAACACAUACAGACCGACGACGCAUUGAUUGAUGACACUCACACAUGAAGGGAACGAAGUUGUACAGCAAGCGAGACGUAUGAAACUGAUUGAGAAACUAUAUGUGAAACCAAGUAUUACCAUUAAGGGGAAGAUCUUUUUAAGCGUUUGUGAGAUUUUUAUUCUACAAAAGUCUUGUGAUUCAUUCUCUUAGUUAUUUUUUCUAUUACAAACACGACUAUUUUUAAGUAGACCUUACAUAGGGGAAUACGGGGAUGUCCGGGGGGCGGUUGAUUCGCUUCGUGAAGAAGUCUCUCCGGACGAAGAGAUUGCUACGCAAACGGGAAAGGAGAGCAACUAGCCAAAUAUUUUUUUAAGAAACUACUGUGCAAACACGUUACUGUUCGAAACGGACAACACAUUCUAUUAAACUAUUAGCAGCAAUUAUGAUAAAGAAAAAAAAACUGAACGAAA